AUGGAAGGUCAUGAUUCAAUGAACAAGGUUCACCCGAUGGACAUUUCACAUUAUGGAAACGACUCUGGUGGAAUGAUGCAUAAAAUGAUGCAUGCUCGUUCGAUAUUCAACUACCAUACACCAAUGACAUCCAUGUUAUUUAUAGAUUGGACAUUAUCUACUAUAACAGGAUUGGUGUUAGCUAUGAUAGCUACAUUUGUAUUUGCCAUCUCGUACGAAGGUUUAAGAUACUAUGUUUAUGUUCAUGGUGCUUUACAAAAACGUGGAGAAAAAUGGGAUAUUAAACCCAAAAAAGGUUUUGAAAAAUUGCCUUCUGAAUUUUGUUAUUUAGUUAAAAGAUAUCUUAUAUCCCUAAAAAUAUGCGAGUGCACAGAUAAACAUUUUUAUGAAUUAACUGCAACAAAUACAGAACAAUUCGUUGUGUCGCCUAAUUUUCCCGCCUAUUAUCCAAAAAACGUCAAAUGUGGUUUCAGAAUAAAAUCACCUGAAAAUCAUGUCCGUGUACAUUUAGAUGUGACUCGUGCUGCUGUUGGCAACCCGGCAGUGUGUGGAUUAGAUGCCUUGUAUAUUUACGAUGGUCCUAGUGACAAAUCUCGUCUUCUUGGUAAAGUGUGUUAUAAUAUUGGAAGCUAUGUUAGCACUAACGAAUAUAUGUUUCUCGAGUUCUCGUCCUACUCCAACGACCAAACCAGAGGUGUAGGAUUUAGAGCUAAGUAUUACAGCGAAGCAAAACCUAUAGCCAAAUCAGAAGAAUUUAACUACAUAGGUUUGAUAAUUGGAUUAUCACUUUUGGCAGUCGUUAUAAUUUGUGUUAUUCAUUGUUUCCUGUAUAAAAGGUAUAGAAUAGGAAAGGUCCAAUGGAAUUGGUUCAAACCUUAUUGUUUAUGCUGUAAAAUAAAGAUACCUCAGCCGUGGCAACCUCCGCCAAUAGAAAUUGAAAACGAAGACCCAUCAGCUCCAUCCACCCCUGAUUCAGCACAGAACUAUGUUUCUAUAGGAAAUGGCCCUCCUCCGUAUGUUCCUUCCGGCGACCCUUUUGAACCUCCACCAAGUUAUGAAGAAGUGAUGGCAAAUAUACACCGGCAGAUGGCACCGACGUCUAAUAGACCAGAGACAACCUCUAUAUGAUCUGAGAAUAUCAUAUUAAAUGACAUGGUUUUCAGUUUGUACAAUAUAUUAUGAUGUAUAUAUUUCGCGUUUUUAUAAUUAUUAAAAUGACCGUUUACCUUCUUA